UGCAGCUCUGCAGGAGGCUCUCUCUGCCUUGAAUCGGGGGGUGGGUGGGCGGCGGCAUUAAUGCCCAGCUCCUGAUCGAGCAGGAGGGGAGGGAGCUCUGCUCCAGUAGCAUCCAGGGCAUUGCGUGGUAUUUUGGAAGAGCAAAUUAUUCCGUCUCCUCGAGGUUGCAUAGGCUGAUUACACAUCAGGCCCUGGUUAGGAUGCUCAGUGGACUGGGAGAAUAGAAAAAAACAAGAGAAACACAGAAAUGAAGGAAGAAAAAAGGAGGAAAAAAUCAAAACGGCAUGUGGCAGAAGAGGAACAACCAGUCCAUGAAACUGAACCAAAGAAAAAGAAAAAAAACCUGGAGGUGAGAAGUGUGUGCAGAGAACAAACAGCAGGUGACAGAUGUUAAUCAUGCCACUUAAAGUACUACUGGAAGGACUCAGAUACUAUGAGAACAAAAAAGGUGGAGGAGGAGGUGGAGGAACUUACCUCAGAGGAAAGGAGGACAUUGGAAAGAAAACUAAAGAAAGAGCGUAAGAAGGAAGAAAAAAAACUGAUGCGGGAAGCUGGAAUUGCUGCUAAGAAAGAAGAGCCUAAAAAAACAUCAGGAGCUGAGUUGGCACUGGAGUAUUUAACUAGCUGGUCCAAAAAAACAAAAGAAUGGAAGUUUCAAAAGACCAGGCAGACUUGGCUUCUUUUGCACAUGUAUGAGAAAGAGAAGGUUCCAGAUGAAUAUUUCUCUAUUUUAUUGGACUAUCUGGAGGGGCUUAAAGGCAGUGCGCGAGAUGUAACUAUACAGAAAGCUGAAGCUCUUAUGAAAGAGUGUGACAAUUCAGAUACAGAAGAUCCAGACCUGUUGGAGAAGUGUGAGCGCAUACGAAAAGUUUUACAGCUAUUAUCAUGAAAAUGUAUAAACUUUGUCAUUAGAUUUCUAGAUUCAUCUGUCUCUACCAUUGUAUGGAGAGCAGGUGAAAUGCAACAAAUAACUUCUAAAAAAAAAAUAUGUAAAUACAUGUUUUUUUCAUUAAGAAUUGUAAUUAUGAUAAGAUUUCAUGUUUCAAUUGUUCAUUGUACAAUAUUUUAAAAUCAAUCAUUAAACAGUUUAUAAGGAGAUUGUAAUCAAAACGAACCAUAGUGUUUGCCCAUUAUUAAACAUUCUAUUUUGGCUCCAUCAAGUAAUUUUUGCAUGUCUUGGAAAUGAGUGGAAACAUCCAUCUCACUUUUAGUUCUUCAUCCAUCUCACUUUUAGCUAUUAACUGAAGAGAGGAGCUUUGUGUCUCUUAAUAAAAGCAAAAACAAUCUAACCAACAGAAAGCCUGGAGGUUCUUUCACAAAGGGUAGUUUUAAAAGUGAAUGUAAAGCACAGUGCUUUGUCAGCCAGCUAUAAUCUAUCACUUUCAGCUUUAGCAGCAUGUCAUUUGGAUUUGGGAAAGAUCAUUUUCAGUCUGUCGAACAUGGGUUUAUAACACAUUUACUUAUUAGCAAUUUAAGCAAAGAUCUGGAGAUUGUCAGCUUUGUUAGUUUUCCUCUUGAUAUUUAAAGUUUUGUGGGUGUUUUAUGACAAUAGCUAGGUAUUCGGAAAAUGUAGAGACGUGAAUAGUCCAAAUCAGAUGUCCAUUGUGAAAUCACCCAAUCAUACCUUUAGUAAGAUGCUAUCCAUAACAGGAAAUGCUGUGUUAUAACAUUUUGUGUUCAGCCUGACAAAUUACAUCUUCAUCUUUCACUUGUAAUUGUUUUCCAGUUGAGUUAAUCUGUAUUCAGUUGCUUCAACUAGGGAACGUUUGUAUCCUAGGAGAAUGCUGAAGACCAGAUUUUUAUGCAAAAAACAAGGACAUUAAUUACUCCAAAGUUUGAGAUCUUCCUUUAAUAACAAUACUAAUUGAGUACUUGUUCCUAACCAGCACUCAUGACCUGAUUCUCAAAAGGUUUUGUAAUUACAGCAUUUGGCUGGAUUUUGACAACCUACACAUACAUGAAUUGCUGUAGCUUUUGAAAUAUACAGCCAGUUAUAAAAACAGCUUAUACAUAGUGACCUCUUUAAGACAAUUAUAUUGGGAGCCAAAAAUUUUGAGUGAUCUAACAUGUGUUGUUCUUAUAUGGUAACUAUUAUGGAAUUUAACAUAAUGGGUGAGCCAAGGUAUAAGAAAGAGAGAACAAAACAACAGAGUGCCUGUUAAUCCCCAGAGCAGAAACAGUAAGGACACACAUGUUGCUUAUGGACAUUUUCUUUCUUACCAGUUGUGCUACCUAGCUCCCUUCUCAUUCUCUCUAAUUUUUCCCCUUCUUGCCAUAUCUUCAUAUCUAUUGUUUUCCUUCAUUUCCUCCUUUUUUGCAUUUGCCCCACUCACUUCUCAUUUGUAUCCUUUUUCCAUUUUUUUUUACUGCAAGCAUAGGCGGCGGCAGAUUAAAAUUGAAAUCAAACCAAACCUGAAGAGCUCCAUGCUUUCCCCCAAGAUGAAGUUCAGUUGGAAGAUAAAAUGGGAAGCUCAAGAAGAUAUCCUCAUCUCAUAAACACUGGUUUUGCUUCUUCAGAUGUGCACUCUGAUGUCCGCUGGUCUCAGUAUAGUUUACCAUCCAAGAUUAUGCGAAGGCGGUAAUAUCACACCUCUUAUAUUUAGAGUAGCGUUCAGAAUAUGAAAUAAUCUGUGUUUUCUGUGCUAAUGUGAAAAGGAGCAGUUCCAUUUGCAUGACUAGACUGUUGGCAAACUACCUUGAAUGUAUCUGAAUUUAGAACAUAGGUUCUCCCUUUUUCCACUUAAUUCACGUGACCCUAACAUAGUCAUAAGAUUUCCUCCUGCCCCCAAUAAGGAUGGAAGGUCCCUUGUUUCCACUUGUUUCUUAAGAGGCCUUUCACCUUUGGAUUGAUGUAAUUUGAAGGAAUCUUGAACAGGGCCUGUCUGUAGAUGACUGGAUGCAUGGCAAAUUAGGUAGAUGAAAGCAUAGAGGCCACAUGGCAUGAAAGAAGGGCAUGGAGACAGGUACACAAAGUCCUGCUAUACCAUAUCCCAAAUCACCAAUCAGUGUUUAGGUGGCCUGUCUCAUCUACUUUCUGCAGGAGGGUAAAGAUGGGUGGAAGCCAUUUAAUUAUACUAAUAGUCCUACAUGUAUUUUAGAGCACAGUUGUCAAUCAACUUGUUGUUCUACUUAAUCUAAUUCUAUCACUGACCUAUCUCAGAGAACGCCAUUGUACCCAUGUGCUGCCAGCUGGUCUGAGCUGAUGUAUGAGCACUGUUGGCUGUCUGGAAGACGAGGAGGUCCAGAGCCAACUGAAUUGAGUUAUUCACAGUAAAUAACUGAGAUGAAAAGCAACUGGAUGAGAUGGGGUUCAGAACAGCAAGUGGUGACACAAGGAACUAACGAUCCUAUAUAAUAAGGGCUGAGUCAAUAAUGGUAGGGUUGGUUCAGGGCAGAAAAUAUGCCCCUUUUAUGAUGGGGUUGACUGAAUUCUAAAGACUUGCCCAUUCAUGCAUCCAGUACCAAGGUACCAUAUAGUUCAGCAGAGAAGGGUGAGAAAGAACCAGAGAUGAGGGGUCUUCUGUACCAGGCAUGUCUUUUGUUGUUGUUGUUGUUAGAUUAAUCAGUGUGGCUAGUUCUGAAGGGAGAGUGGGAGAAAGUGUUUUCUGGGUUUCUCUCAAAGCCAAUGGUGAUGGUUUUUUCUAGAGAAGUGAUAUAGUCUCAUAUAAGAGCAGAAAUACCCAUCUCCACCAAAUCCCAUUCCUUCCCUUUCCCCUCUUUUACACGGGCAUCUUCUAAGCCAUUCCCCAAUACUAAGAAUUAUUAGGUAGAAGGAACCUAAAACUUCAUGUAUUGUAUUGCUACUGUAUAUUUAUUAGCUUAAAGUUACCAGGCCUCUUAAUUCCUCAGUGUUCUAAGUUCCAUUUUCUGUCCAACACUAAUUUAAACAGGAAAGGGCAAAUUGUUGUCUUAGAUUCUCUUAAUAAUACUUUGCACUUCUACAGACCCUUUCACUGGAGAAUCUCACAUUGAUUUACGAACAUGUCUUUCAGAACACUUGUAGGAAAGUAGGUCUAUGUUGUUAGUCCCAUUUUACAGAUGAGAAGUCUUAGGCACAGAAGCACAGGAAGUUAGGUGCCUUAAUACCUUUGAGGAUCUAAGCCAGAGAGCUUGACCCAAGAUCCCAAGGAAAGUUAAUGGUGGUUCUGGCAAUAGAACCCAGGGCUUCUGACUUGCCACCCUGUGCACUAGCCACUAAGCCAUACUCCAGCUUCUUACGCAGUUGACUAUUUUAAAUGUUUGUUUGUUUAAUACAGAUAACAAGGCCUCCACUUCGAUAUUUUAAGUUCUAAAGUCUAUACCGGGGUAGACAAUCUAUGGCACAUGUGCUGAAGGCAGCACAGAAGCUGAUUUUCAGUGACGCUCACAAUGCCCAG